AUGGAAGAGUACGACCUCACUACAAUCGUUAACAAAAAAGAGUUUGUCAAUACAGUAGAGUUCAUCCAAUGUCCUGUAGCAGGAAGAUCUCUGGUGGCUAAGCGACCUCUUGUUCCUGGUGACAUUGUCAUGGUCGAACGUCCUCUCAUCAAAUAUCCUCUCCAACCCGAUUGUCGCUCAACUCUCUCGCCAUUCUAUUCAAAGGCAGUUUGGAAAUCUCUGGUUGACAUUGUUCGUGAGGAAGAGGGUCUUUCUCCUAUUGUUGCACGUUUGCAUAAACCUCACUCCUCCCAUCGAGACGAUUUUGACUAUGAUUCUGACUGUGAUUCAGAUCGUUCCGAUGAUUCAGAUUCUGAUGAAGAAGACGAAGAAGAACCUCAAGCUUCUGCAUUCAGCCCAGGAAUCCCUGCUGCCCUUUUAGCCUACCUUUCCAUCAAACCCCCUCCCUCCAGAACCCACCAGUACAACAAAGGCACCAAUCUUGAUUUCUUCUAUUAUCCUGACAGAUCAACCGAGCCACAGUGGGCAGAUCAUGCCACAAUUCUUUUGGUUGAGCGGGUUGUGUCAAAGGCAAUCGCAACUCACUCUAUCUUCAAACACCUGGAUCACAAGGAAGUCGUGUCUUUUGUCCUCAAGAUCUAUUCGAAUGCACACACUGUUGCCUACCCUCACAACCGCACUCUGCCCACCCACUCCCGUAAGAAAGAACGCAGGGCCAGAUAUGCUGAAAAGUGGCCACUCGAAAACGAUGCUGGCUGGCCCCAGGAUCCACCCGCCAGUCGUCCCUUUAUUGCUUUGCUGCGUUGGGGAUCAAAGUACGCUCACUCUUGCACACCUUCCAUGUUUCUUCGCUUUGAUGUCAAACAACAAUCCAUGAUUUUCACUGUAAUGCGUCCUGUUCCGGUUGGUGAGAUGUUGACCUUUUCAUAUCUUCCUGAAGAUGAUUUGUCUCUGGGAGGCUUGCUGUGUGGAUCAACUAUGAUGCGCCAGGUGAAACUUGAAGCAUUCAAGUUCUUCCAUUGUCAAUGCACUCGAUGUGUUGCUCCAGAUUGGCUUCGUGGUGCAGUAUGUGACUCUUGCAAAGUUGGACCUCUCUAUCGAACAACCAAUGGUGAUUGGACUUGCCAGGACUGUGGGUUCAAGGUCAAGGAUGACGAAGGAGUGCAGUUUGUAGGCGAACGAGAAGACCAUGUCGAGAAGAUUGUGAUGGCUUUGACUACACGUGCGUACGGUGCCAAACCUGUGGGCGAAUCUAUGAUGCGGAUGAUUGAACCCUACCUCACCAAAUUGCUGAAUCCUGAUGAAGAUGAAAACGAACCACCUGUACCACACUUUCACUGGAGCUACAGUUACAUUCACGCAGUAUUGUCGAUCUACCAUCUCAAACUAUUCCCCCUCUCGUUUGGAAAAGGACUUGCAAGUCGCUUGGGCAUGCUUACGAAAGGAUUAGAAGAAGCAGCAGUCUACAUCGAUUACCUCCACAGAUGCAUUUGGGACUACCCUACAAUUAAUAUAGCCAAUGUUGGCAAUCCGAUUGCAGCAUUCUUUGCGGGUUGGCGCAUGUUCGAACACGUCAUUGAUGUUGUCAUGGAGAGCACAGAGAAAAAACAAUACAAUGUUACUGCAUAUGAUUCGGAUAGUGACAGUGACAGUGACGGCGAUAGUGAGAUUGAAGGUCAAAAUGAAAGUGGUGACGAGGAAAAGGACGAAGAAAAGGUCGAGACUGCGGUCAAAGCUGAGGUCAAAGUCAAAACGAGUGAAAAGGAAAAUGAUUGCACUGUAGAGAAAACAGCUAAACUUGAACAAAAAUCUGUUUCUCCUCCUCCUCUUGAACUCCUUCCUAUGCCAGAGGAAUGGAAAGAACCGGUAAACAGAAUGCUCAAGAUAGCUUCUGGACAAUGGGUUCCUUUAGUGGCUACUCUGUUCAGAAAUGAAACACCUAUCAUGGUGCAGGACAUCAUUGAUCGUGUGAAUACAUGGCAAGAGAGAGUUGAUGCUGUCUCUCAGCUGUAG